AUGAUCUCGAUUACUUAUUCGCAUCAUGAUAAAUGCGGUGAAAUUGCGAUUGUGCGGAGGUGCUUCACACCGACCGCGGUAUUCAUCGUCCUAACGUUGUUAGGCGGAUUCGACGGAUGCGCGGCCGAGCGAUGGUCACGACAAGUCUCCAACAGCGAGUGGAUCCCCCUGGCUAAUCCGGGGACCGCGUCUGGCCAACUGUCGCGGGGCAACGCGGAGAGCGGGCUUCUGUCUAGCAGCACGCAUCUACCGAAUCCAAUUCAAACGCUCGCGUUACCGCCCGCCCUUCAGCAGCAGUACCAGGAGCAACUGAUUCAGCUGCAGAAAACGCAGGAGAGCAUACAAAAGCUUCUGCUGCUGCAGCAGCAGCUCAAAACUCAGCAGCAACUGCUUCAGACUCAGACGUUUCUACCCGGCGAUUACAGUAACGCCGAAGAUGAGAAACAGGUACUACCGAGUUCCUUAGGCAACUUGCAAACGCCGCCCGAAUUAACGUCGGAAGCUCUGGUACCCCCGCAUCCGGACACGGGGGCACUUCCGCCGGUACGUCCUCCUCAGAACUUCCUGCCACAAAGACCGGGACAAGCCUACCAGGAGUUAUCGAAUUUGCCUCAGGGUCAAGUUAUACUGCCGCACGGCCAAAGCGGUGGGAACGCGCAAGAGGGACCGCACGCUUACAUAACGAAACAAGGAAGUCAGAAACCCGACGGAAAACGUUUGAAAGGACAAUCUUCUCUGAUUGGAAGCGUGGGCGAUGAGGAGGAGGAGGUUCAAUUAGUAUACGUUCCGGUGGAAACAUUGGCGCAAAGAGGUCAACCGAAAAGGAACCGCGGAAGGAAGCAAUAUCCUGUUCGCCAACAGCAUCCUCAACGAGAGAACCAAGGAGGCAUCGACCAAACUUCUCUUUCGCCCGAUCAAGAAACCUUCGCUCGGCAAGUCCUGCAGCAGAUCCAGAGGGAACACGAGGAGACGGCGCAGUUCCUGAAGGAGGAACGCGUGAAAGAGUUUGCUAAAUUGAACGAGGAGCAGAGGGCGCUCGAACGGAAAGCGCGAUUGCAGCAGGAAGCCCUUCAGAGAGAACAGGAAUUGUUGCGACAAAAGGAGGCCGAGAAGCAACGAAAGGAAUUAGAAAGGCUGGAGGAAAUGGCGAGGCAAAGAGAACUGGAUCGAAUUCGCGAGGCUAGAGAAAAGCAGAGGCAGGAAGAGCUCGAACGCCGACGGCUCUCUGAACUUCGCGUCAAGGAGGAGAGACGCCGCGAGGAAGAGGCCAGACUACGCGAGGAAGGUCAACAGGAGGAUCAAUUACGCGUUACCAGUCCGAAUAUUCAAAACCCUCAGUCCCAAGCUCUGGUCCGCGAACAGGCACGUCGCCCACAACUCACGGAUGGCACCAGGAUAAAAAAGAUUCGCGGUAGGCAACGUCCACGAGUUAAUCAGUACCAGGAACAGUCGAAUUAUCGCGAGGUCACAACCACACCGUCGCCCAAUCAGCCGCCCCUCUCCGUUUACAUGGGCAGUCCCACGUCCAGGUUGGAUACCGUCAAGGUUACCGAUGUCCUGAAGCUCUUAAAACACGCGAAAACCAUCGCCGUCCUGGAUACCGUCGGCCCCAAUAGCCCGCAGGUGUUCGUGGGCCCGUCAAAUCUGGACCCUCCCUACGGUUACGCGAAGUUCGAUCUCCCCUACCUGUCGUCGAUCGAUCACAACAGGGUGGAACGCAAGGUCGACAAACUGCCUUUUUUCGUCGCCCCGCUGAGCUUCGAUCCGCCCGCGGGUUACUCUAAGAUUCCCUUCCCGGCGCCGCACAUCGGUUCCGUCGUGGUCAACAACUUGUCGGAAACAUCCUCGGAAUCGAGCACCCCGACAAACGAGCAGAAUCCCAAUCCGACGCCGUUAAUCGAGCCGAACUCUUACAGCGACGCUGAUCAAAGCGGAUCCAUCGCUACCACCGCGUCCUACGAUUCCUCGACCACUCAGAAUUUCUCUCCGGAAUCCAACAGCCCUAAGUACGAUCCGGCAUACUCAACGCCGCCCUCAAAUUCGAAGUUCAGAUUCAGACAGUAUUACGACAAUAAGCCGAAGCAUUACUACGAGCAAGAGACCAAAUUCACAACUCAGUCUCCGAAAAUCGAUACGACAGCCAGCUAUAGACAGGAAGUGGUCUACUCUAGCACACCAAGUUUCCAGGACAGGUCAGUGAGUCCACACGAUCCCUCCACAAAGGAGCAAGAGCUGGCGGCCCAAUUAGCGCUUAUCAAUCAUGAGCUCGUCCAGCAGAGAGAGCCUCAAAAAUACACCGCCGAACAGUAUCAUCGUGAAUCGUACGACGCCAACGAGGUCAGAGCGCCAGUUGGACCGACGCAAUACAAUUUACCAGCGGAAUUACCGCCGAUCUCCCCGCAUUUACCGGGCUUGGUAAAUUCCUUGCUGGAUAAGCAAGAGAAGCUUUCUGUCGCUCCAACGCCACCCCCGACAACGACCACGACCACGACGCCUACGACGACGACUACUCGUAUCAGCUCCACGACUUAUAGGCCACGAGGAAGAGGCAGAAUCGUACCUACUAGAGCCAGAACGACUCAAGCACCUGGUAACAGAACGGAAAGAACCCGGAGACCAACGUAUAAUCGAUCGAAGUCUAGAUUUACGACCACAACGGAGGAGUAUCGCGAAUCCUCUUACGAACCAACGAAAUCGAAGACGCCGGAAACUACGCAGAAAUAUAACGCGAAUACGGAACACAGAAGACCAGUAUCCAGAGCGCAAAAGUACAGGAAUCGAGAUAGAGCGAAUUCCCAGUCCGCGAGCGAGUCGCAGAGUGAUGCCUCUCCCGCCACGUACUCGGCGCCGAGCGGACCCGCUUCUGAUUUCCACCGGAAGGAAACUCCGGUGAGCAAUUACCCGGACAAUUAUCCGACUACUCCCAUGCAGACCGAAAAUUACCCGCCAUCGUUGCGCGACGUCACGGUUCAGCACAGCACGCCCUUGGCGUCCAACGAUUACUCCAGAGAUCAAAAUUAUCCGCAAAACCGCCCGCAAGAGGUGCGCUACCAGCACCAAGACGCGAUAUACGAUCAGAGCGACGGCUUCCAGCAAUCGGCGCUCGAGAAGGCGCCGGUGAACGGAUUCAACUAUCAAGUUGUAAACGAGAAUUCGCCGGACCAAACGAUUUCCCAGAGACCCAAGGAAUAUCCGCGUUACCAGGAAGAAGUCAACUACAAUCUGCCCACGACGGUGGACCCGCGAGUCACGCCCGGCGAGGAGCAUCGGUAUUCCCCGAUUUACGAUGGCAAUGUGGCACAAACUCAGGCGGAUUACAAUGCCGGCAAGAUCGAGAGCACCGCGAUAGAAACUGAUCCGAAUGCGUCACCGGUUUUCGUUCCACUUCAACAGAACAAGCAGGAGGAUUACGAAUUACCAAUUCCCUCUACGGAGCCGCUUAUUGAAAUCACCACGACCAGCACGACCACUCCGGCGCCCGUAAUAAUACGUCAGCGAGUCCGAGCUCGUCUAGGAGGCGGACGCACGCAUCACGACUCCGCGAUUCAGACGCGACCCCGCGGCCCCCAGGACGAGUACGUACGUUUCAGCGCUGUGAACAACGAUUCCGGUCGCGGCGCCGGUAAUCGGAACCGCGACGGAUUGAGGACGAGGGCACGCGCGCGUCCGCAAAGUCACGGGUCGCAGGUGCAAACCGAGGGUAACGAGUACAUAAAGAUACACGCGGCUCAGCAGCAGAAACUGGUCGCCACUACCGUACCGCCGACGACGACGACGACGACCAUGGCAGCUCCCACGGUGGAGGAGGACGUCGAUUACGGAUUCAUAAGACCACCGAAUUUCCGGCCGAUGCAACCGGUGCAUCCGGCGGACAGCAGAUUCCAAGCGCCUAUUACAUAUAGACCCGCUUUGUCCGAGGUACCGCAGAUACAGCACAUUCUCUCCAACGACGAGACGGUGGUAGAGUCGAGCCCAAGUCAGAUUCUGAAAAAUCGUUCCAAAUACCAUCAAACCUUGAACCGUCGCCCGACCACGAAGAUAUUCGCGACGUCGACGACGAGCACGACGACGGAAAUCGUACCUGUUGCAACGACAAUGCCAGACGAUACCGUGUACACUGCGAAACCGAAACCGGACGAGCCGAAGUCGACGAGAAUACGAACGAGACUUCGUCGGCCCGGGAAGAAACGCAUUACGACAACGACGGAAUCCGGCCUCGACGCGCACAACGAAUUACCGCUAGACGAAAACUAUCCUCGAAUAACGUCGCAACAGCUGCCGGUGACGGCGAGCGGACAGCAGCCUCUUUAUGACGACAAUUUCGACGUUGCGCCGCAAUUCGUGCCGAAUCAGAAUCGACCGGCACAGUUUUACGAGGAGAACAGCGAAAGCUAUCCGCCUCAAGAAUUUGUUCUAAACUUCGGCAAUCUGCCGGAGCAGGUGUCGCAACGCGAAGAAUACGAUCAGACCCAGCUGGCUAGUAUUCCGCCGAAGAAAUAUAGCCAGUCGGGUAGCGUGAACUCGGACGCGGGCGCGCACUCGAGCGGUGACAUUUACGGCGCCGAGAGCCAGUGGUCCACGAAGCUGUCGAAGACGUCGUUCCAGCCGAGCUUCGCCUCGAAUCGCGUAGCCGGCGAGUCAAAGAGGGGCCGAGGCAGAACCGGCAGCGAGCAGGAGAACGAGAACGCACCCGAGAUUAUUACGGCCGGACCGGAAAUGUCGUCGGUGACGGUGCUCGUUUCCUCGGACUAUCAGAAACACCCGAACGACGCCGACAAUAUGGACACAGUGAUGGAUGGUUUCGGAUGGAAGACGAACGCGCAGGAUUCCGCGGAGAAAUUGAACGCCACGAGGGCAGUGACGAAUUCGCCAAAUCCGAUAACAGCACUUCAGGAUCAAUCCCAGAGCGAUAAGGAAACGCGGGAUUGGAUGAACAGCAAGAAUGAAAACUUUACGGAACAGAUGAACGACGGCGCGAAAGUUACGAAACCUGAUUCUCCUACCGGCAGAAAGACCCGAAGAAGGAAAGUUCGCGUGCGGGUAAGACCUCUCACGGACGACUUCGUCACCGCCGAAUCUCAACACUACAACUCUGCAGUGAACAGUCUGGUUCAAGAUCAAUACAAGUACAAUCCGAUUCACGAUUCGAGGUUCACCACCGCCCAGCCGAUUGCGACGACCGUCACCGCAAGUACCGCGGCCGCCGCAGAAUCGACCAAGAAAUCGCUCCUCCAGAAUUUCUUGGAGGAGAUGCUGAAGAACGACGAGGUCUCCAUUCCGACUCGCGUCACCGCGAUCACUACGGAGGUGCCCGACUGGACGAUGUCGACGCCGAUGACAACACCGUACGUUUUUUCCGACAACGGUGAAGUUACAACCAUGAAAGAGAAUUACACACCGAUCGAUACGACGCUGACAUCGAACGUCGACGAAGAACGCGUUACAACGGUAAAUGAAGAUUCAAACGGAUCGAAAGACGAGGCUCAAGUGACAUCAGAGGGAACAACUCAUUUGUCGCAAGGAGAAACUGAAGUGCAAAAAGUAUCUAAAUCGGAGGAGUACAAGAAUUCUCAGGAAGACAAAAGCGAGCAGAACGAUUUGGAAAACGUCGAAGUAUUUAAUCAAAGAUAUAAUCUGCCAUCAAAUUCACCCGGAUCAGGCAUCGCGAAUAAAGACGAGGAUAGCGCAACGAAAGUAACCGGCUUCCCGAAGGAAGAUAUACGAAAACUGAGUGCCAUCGGUAAAGAGAAGGAACACAUAAUGACGUUGAAGAGGCAGGAAAACGUUAAAGAAGAUCAGGCGCACCCGAAGAAUCACAGAGCCAAGUGGAGCGAAGUGAGAUACCCGUCGGCUCUCGACAAGUCGAAUUCAUAUUCCACGACGGCCAUCCCCGGUGCCGUUACGCAAGACGAGGGCGAUGGCAGCGUGAAAACGCUCUCCGACUACGUGAAGGCCAUCUUCGACAGCAUGAAGAACGCCGAGGGCGAGGAGGUCGCAAAAGUGGUCGAGGCCAAAAGUGAGACAGACAAUUAUAACUCGAACGGCACCGCUUCGGCGCACGCGGCGAAUGAAAGUGAAGAGAUCGAUCGGAGAACCGUACCGACUGGCUCUCCGCAGGACACUUCUGCGACCCAACGCGUCAAGGUCGAAGAGAACGGGACGAAACCCGAGGAGACGCAGGAGGCGACGACGAAGGAGAGCCCUACCACUUUCGAAGCUGUCACGCUGAUCCCAGACACGACCGCGAACACGGUGGUACCGUCCGAGGGAACCCCGAUAACAGAACCCUCCACGACGACCACGAAGACAUCGCUCAGACAAGCAAGCAAUGUGUUCAGGACGAACUCUACGAUGCUGGGCAAGGUCCUUAGAACCUCGACCACCACGAAGGUGUCCCACAUGACGGAGAUUUGCUAUAGAGGUCGAUGCGUGAUGACGAGACCCAAGAUGGAGGACGCUAUGACGAGAUGAGGGAAAUUCGGUUGUGGGGUUAUCAUUAGCAUUUUCCUGUCCGGUUGUUGAAAGGUAAACUAAGAGUGACAGGCAGAAAACUCGAGAAUUGUUUAUUGAAUAUCUACCAUUAUUGACAAAUGCAGUAAAACAUAUUAAAACUUAGCAACAUUUUUCAUAUCAAUACGCGUGUGUAUAUGUUAACUGUUACUUUUACAUAUGUUGAUUUUAAAGAUCCGUAAGAAGGUUCUAAAGAGCUAAGCUACGAUAUAUAUAUAUAUAUAUCAAAUAAUUGAAACUUCCGGACAGAAAAGUGUUAACUUUUUGAAUAAUUUUUAUUUAUUGAUAGAGAUAUAUCGUAUUAACAAUCUCCAAAAGUCGUACAAAAGUCAUGUUUGUUAAUGCCCGAAACUAGAGUUAUGUCCUCAUAUUCUCUUAAAUUGUUCUUCGCACACAGAAUUCUCUUAAUUACACAUUAAAUCAUAAACAAAAAGGACUCUCUUUACGUCACAAAAGAUAAAUUUAUGUUUAGCCUAAAAUGUCAACCGAAUUACGGCGCAAUAGCAGAACAGUGAAUUGAUCACCAAGUUUUCGUCUCACACAUAAACACGUAAGGAAUGAUCAAUAUUCUCUCUAGGCGCCUCCGUUUAGAGAGGAUAUUUUAUCGCUGGGAGAUAUAGGGCAUCGCUCAAGAUGUCGCGACAAAUUAUGUGUGUCGGAGGGUUGAAAGCGAAAUAUCAACGUGAUAUCAGUUGUGAAAAGGGAUGUCUGGGAAGGAAAUUCUGCGUCGCCGGCGGCAAAUCGAUCGUCCGUCGCGACGCGCACUUAUAAAAAAGGCGCCGAGCGUGUGCCGGCGUCCUUCCAGAGCGAGAUCGAAGCGCAGAAGCCCGGCUUGCGCGAGUAACGUAGGGAGCUAAGUCUAUUUAAUUUAACUACAUACUUGUGUAGUAUACGUGUAAGUUAAGCGUGUAAGUAUUUUAAUAAAGAUGUGAAAACGCAAGAAAA